GAGAGAGCCACGUUUCUGUAGAUUAUUGCUCAGGAAAUUAACUCAGGUAUUCUGAACACUGUUGGCGGGGAGCAACAGGAUGCACCGGAUCAAUUCUUUGGAUCUGGCAGGAUGCCCCAAACGUCGACAUGGAAAGUCUUCAAAACUGUUCCGGAACCUGAAGAUCCGAGGAACUCUACACAAGCGUGUAGUGGAUUUAAGGAAUUGCGAUUAUGUGGAUCCUCCCCGUGACCAGGGGCUUAGAGAUGCUAUUAGCCGCGUUUUUAAGACUCCACCAGAGACGCUACAGAGACCUGUGAUGCAGGACCAGGUUCAACCUAUUCAGUCUGGGAAUUUCCCUUACAAGACUAACUUGGAGGAUUACACUGGACCUUUUGACAUGGGGGUGACUUAUGCCAUCAGCAUUUAUACAUUUGCCAUGAAAAAAUGGCAGAGGUGCCUGAGGACCUCAUGGCUGCAGGAUAAGGAAGCAGCUGGCCUUGUCUGGGGACUCCUGGCACUUGUGUGCCGAGAGACCAGAAGUGUGACGGGUCAGGAUAUUGCCAACUUGCUCCUAUCAAAUCCACUGGCCUUUGAGAAGGGUGAGAAUCUUCUGUCCUCUGGCGAAGGACACCAGGCCCUUGUCAACCUGAUCAUCUCUGGCAAAAAAGAAGAAGCUGAGCAAUUAGCCAAGAGUGAAGCUCUGUGGGAUCAUUGGGUCAUCCUGAAGGGCUUUGCCAAAGGCUCAUGUGAUGCAAUUGUUAUGAGGCUUAUUGAACACCUCAAACCAAAUGACCCCAUGAAGACCUAUUAUCAAGUCUUGAUGGGAAUAGUACCAACAGCUGCCUGUGAGUGUGCCAAGAACAAUUGGGGUGACUGGCGCCCCCAUCUGGCGAUGGUUCUUUCCCAUCUGAACAAAAACAGCCUGAAGAUGGAAAUCAUGGAAGCAAUGGCAGAGACCUUGGGAUCAGAUGGAAAGCCCAAUUCUGCAUAUCUAUGCAACCUCAUAAUGCAUUUGCAUUGUGGGAUAUUUUCGGAAAGGGCUGAAUCUUGUGGUAGGGGAGUAAGGAGCAGACCAUUCGUAAGAUCCACCAGGGCAGCAGUUGAAAGAAUGGAGGUGUACGAUUAUGUGCUGACCCUAAAAACGGACCAGCCAUUCCUCUCCGAGUUUCAGCAUUAUAGAACUCUGUGCAUCAGGAUGCUGUUGCGAGCUGGCUACAUCCAGCAAGCACUGCAUUUCUGCGAGACUGUGGGAAUGACAUUGGUACACUCAGAAGGUGUUGACAGUACAACUCUGGUGGAGUUUGUUAAGGUCUGUUCAGAGUUCCGUGGCAGCCAGCAGGGUUUCAUUGAGCCAGAUUGGAUGUUCUUCGUCAGGGAAACGGCAGAGCAAAUGAUUGUGGAGAUACAGCAGAGGAGUGCUGCCAUCAAGGCACUUAAGGAGUUCAGGAUUGUAAAGACUGUAGUGGCCCCAGAGCAGCCUGGCCCUGCCACCUCUCCUGACCUCCAGCCUGGCCCUGCCACCACCUCUCCUGACCCCCAGCCUGGCCCUGCCACCACCUCUCCUGACCAGCAACCUGGCACUGCCACCACCUCUCCUGACCAGCAGCCUGGCCCUGCCACCACCUCUGUGGACCACCAGUCUGGCCCUGCCACCACCUCUGUGGACCACCAGCCUGGCACUACCACCACCUCUGUGGAUCACCAGCCUGGCACUACCACCACCUCUGUGGACCACCAGCCUGGCACUACCACCACCUCUGUGGACCACCAGCCUGGCACUGCCACCACCUCUCCUGACCACCAGUCUGGCCCUGCGACCACAGAAAAACCAAAGAAAAAGAACAAAGGAUGCUUUGGGUGGCUCAGCUGCUUUAGAUGCUUCUGCUUCCGCAGAAAAAAGACGCACUAGCACCCAUCUGAUAAGACACACACUGAGGCUGAUGGAGAGAUCAGGGAUAAAGAAAGGCUAGAGAUCAUUUUCUGCCACCAGCUGAGAUCCUUAUCUCAUACUCAUCAUUAAAUCAGAAAUAAACACCCCCUCA